CUCGAGGGGGGCUCGAGGGGGGCCCAUGGCGCAGGGAGGAGGGGGGGCGGGGAGGCGGCCCCGCGUGCUGCUGGGAGCCACCGGCAGCGUGGCGUCGGUGAAGCUGCCGCAGCUGGUGGCUCGCAUCCUCGAACUUCCACAGCAGCCGGAGGUGCGUGUGGUGUGCACGGAGCACGCGAAGCACUUCUUCGCAGCCGAGUCGCUGCCCGUCCCCGUCUACAGCGACGCCGACGAGUGGCAGACAUGGAGGCGUCUGGGUGACCCGGUGCUCCACGUGGAGCUGCGCCGCUGGGCCGACCUCCUGCUGCUCGCGCCGCUCGACGCCAACUCGCUCGCCAAGGUGGCCGGCGGUCUCUGCGACAACCUGCUGAUGUGUGUGGUGCGAGCCUGGGACCGAGAUCGCCCGCUGCUCUUCUGCCCGGCGAUGAACACGCACAUGUGGGAUCACCCGCUCACGGGCGCCCACACGCGCACGCUGCGCCAGCUCGGCUACGAGGAGGUGGCGUGCGUGAGCAAGACCCUCGCAUGCGGAGACACGGGUCUGGGUGCCAUGGCGGAGGUGGACACGAUUGUGCGGGCAGUGCAGACUCACCUGAGAGCCUCCCUCACCACACCUGAGCCCAGCUCCACACCGGAACAUGGGUCUGCACAGGAACCUGGGUCUACACUGGAACCUGGAUCCAUACAGGGACCUAGGCCUACACAGGAACCUGGACCUACACAGGAACCUGGACCUACACAGGAACCCAGCUCCACACAGGGACCCAGGUCUACACAGGAACCUGGGCCUACACAGGAACUUGGGUCUACACAGGAACCUGGCUCUACACAGGAACCUGGACCUACACAGGAACCCAGCUCCACACAGGAACCCAGCUCCACACAGGGACCCAGGUCUACACAGGAACCUGGGUCUACACUGGAACCUGGAUCCAUACAGGGACCUGGGCCUACACAGGAACCUGGGCCUACACAGGAACCCAGCUCCACACGGGAACCUGGGUCUACACAGGAACCAGGGUCUACACAGGAACCCAGCUCCACACAGGAACCUGGAUCCAUCCAUGAUUCUGUAUCCAAUACCUGAACUGCUUAUAACCGAAGAUUGCUUAUAUCUUAAAAUUUUAACUGAUUAGGGAUGAAACCUCGGAUCCGCGUGGCAAAGACCCAACACUUCAUCUUCACGCAGCAGUCCCCUUCGUCAACACGGCAUUGUUUAAUUAAUAAACCAGCCAUUACAGAAGGCGGCAGCC